UGUGGUUCGAAAUGCUUAUUGAAAUUUACGAUUAUGCUGCGAAAUUAUUAAACAAUAUGACCGCAACAACAGCAACGAUCAUUAAUAAUCUGACAACAGGCGGUGGGACAGAUGAAGUAGAAGGAAGAGGAACAGGGACAGGGAGAGGGAGAGCAGAAGGAGAGGAAACCGAAUCAAUUGCCCGGCCGGGCACAAAUCUAACGUCCAAAUUGCUGCAGGCGACCACUGGGAAUAUGAAAUCGUUGCUCAACCGCACGCUGGCAACGAUGGGCGGUCAACAUGGAAUGGCAUUGCCCACACUUUUGUUGCACGGUGUCGAUGUGAGCAACGGACAACGCAUCAAGCCAACGAGUAGCAACAUUAGCAGCACCAUCAGCAGCAACAGCAGCAGCAGCAGCAAUAGCAGCAGCACCACCAUUAACGCAACCAGCACCACCAUCAUCACAACACACACGAGCAACAUGAGCUUGGAGCAUGAGAAUUUAUAUAAUGCAUUUAGCAGUCUGCCAUCGUCUGGAAAUCUCAGUGGUUUCAUUGAAUCCUCAACAACGGCAGCCAGCAACGUUUUGGGCAGUGCCAUCAACCAUUUGCCCACAGCGGCGAGUGGUGCGGCAACCACAUUUCCAACACAGACUAUGGCCACCGUUAUUGCCGCUGGCAACAAGAAUCGGGCCACGGCCAUCAUCCUAUAUCCAACGGUUUCACCCGAAUCGAUUGUCAUACCGAUUGUUUCGUGCAUCUUCGGUUUCCCGAUCCUGGCCCUGAUCGUCAUCUGCUGCCUGCGACGUCGGGCCAAGUUGGCGAGGGAGCGGGACAGGCGACGCAACUAUGAUAUGCAGGACCAUGCUGUCAGCCUGGUCAGAUUUAGUCCAAUUCAUAGGCUUAAUUACCGAUCGUCGCGAGCUAUCAGUCUACGUCCUGAACGAAGCCUAAGCCAAGGCUUCACCUCGCUGGAGCUGGACACGGUGCUGGAGGAGCGCUGCAGCGAUGUGGAGCAGACGCAAACCGAAAUACUGAAUCCCGAAUCGCCCAUGGAUACCAACUCCUGCAAGAUGUCCUUCUCCUCUAGCUAACAGUUAGCAGCACAACAACAACAGCAACAGCAGCAGCAGCAGCAGACGCAACAGCAGCUGGAACUGAAGCCAACGUCUGCGUCAGCGCUAUCGACGACGCUGCUGCAGCCGCGGUCAGCGUUGACGCCGCCGCUACGCAAGACAGGCAGCGUGCGUGAAUCUUCCCAGGAUACGACAACAGCGCUCGCCAAGCGUCGCAGUCGACUGCAAGAGCUGCGCGCUGCCAGCAGCAGCAGCGGCAGCGAAGCCGCCAUUGCAUUUGGCGGCAGCAAACGGGAAUCAAAGCGAGAGCGUCGCGCACAUGGCGUCGGCGUCGGCAGCACAGCGACAACAGCGGCCAUACGCAAAUCACAGUCGUUGGACGCCGCUGACAGUUAUUCGUUGGCCAGCAUUCAGUCGCCUUUGUGGGUGACGCUGACGAAUGCACGUACCAUCGAGGAAUUGGCCCAGCAGAAGCUGUAGCCAACAAAAAUCCAAGAAAGCCCACCAAAAACGAGCGUUCUUAUUGUUGUUGUUAAUGUUAACAUAGCAUCCACAACCCCGCCGCCCCUCUUUCCACAAUGGAAUCCAACGGUUUUUCUCUAUGUGUAACUACAAAUACAUGUAACUUACAUAGUAAAUGUUUAAGCAAUUGUAACGGCAUAACGAGCAUUAACAAAAUUUACUGACCAAAACGUAGUCCAAAAUAAAAUCCAAAACCAAAUAAAAUAUCAAA